UCAAGCGGCUCCGUCAAGCACUCAUCUUUCAUGCCAACUGUAGCAUUUUAGUUGUUCUUUAUCCCCACCUCCACAUGUUCCUGAUUCACGCCGGAUUGUAGCUAUUUCUCUUCUGCUUGAAACCCAAUCGCGCUUAUCAUCUCGCCGAGAUAUCGUCACAGCUAACAUGUAAGAUAGUUGAAUGCGACUAUACACCAAGCCAACGCUGAGACGCUUAACCGAGCAGUCAAGGACUUUGGGAGCAAUAUGGUCAAGGUGUCAAAAGAGCACAUAGUGCGACAUCUAAGUGCCGAGGACUUUGACGAGGUGGCCGACUUGAUACUUGCCAAGGUCAGUCCUGGCUUCUUGGACAAGGCUCUUGCUCGACGCUUCGAGACAAUCCCGGCGCGGCAGCUGGUCAAUACAUUGGCACGAGCGGAGCGCCUUGGAUAUGACGUUCAGGAUAUUGUCAACGAAGAGCACGUCAUGCCGUCUCUGCAUUCCCUGGUUGUGCCAUCUCUUCCUUCAAAGCCUGUUCCGUCACAAGCUAUUCCAUCCCAGUUCAUGGCGCGGCAAAAUGUUACUCCACAGCCUGGUUCGAGAGAGCCUAUAGCCACACAGCUAGCGGCACCGCAGGGCGCCGUGGGCGCACCUACAUUCACGAGUUCUAAACCAAAACCAGGUGGUAUUGUGCACUGCGUCUGUGGUUGGCCUUGUAGCUCGACAAAGGCGCAGGAAUACCAUUGGAAGAAAAGUGCCUGUCACAAAAUUGAGGACACGGACAAGGUGGGGAAGGAUCUAUGCCCUCAUUGCGGAUGUCGGUUUAUCAGCGGCAACGGCUUGGCCUAUCAUCAAAAAGUAAACGUUUGUGGAGCAUAUACAGAAGAACAAGCAAGGAAAAUGAUGAUCGCCAUUUCCGCCUUCCGCAAAGAGAAGCAGGGCCAAAGCGCUGCUUCGCAGGCCCCUUCGCAAGACUCGCCAGCCUGGCGUCAACAUCAAACCCCUCCAACUCAGGGAACUCCCAAACCGGGUUGGACGACACCAUCGGGCGAUCCGUACUCGAAGCUUACACCCGACCAACGGCGAGACUUUGAGAAGGAGAUGAAUGAGGCUGAGGAGUACUAUGGCGGGUUGAUGAGGCAAGCCAUGGAGCUUCCGGAACCCGAACAGGCAAAACAGUUGGCGAGCUUAAAGAAUCGAUACAACACAAAGCAGAGCGUGACACGCAAGAAAUACGGCAUUCGACUCCGUGAGAGACGUAGCAAGGCGCAGCUCGACGCCCAGCGAAGCCGUCUCUUUGGAACGCCAGAUGGGACUUCGUUAUCAGGGCGUGAUGAUGAUCCCCCUGCAUCCAAGAAAGCGCGGACUAGCGAGGAGGGUCAAUCCACCGUCACAGCGCAGGGUAAUAGUAGCCAGGGUGACACGCCACGCAAAAGGAUUCCGGUGGCCGAGAUGGGUGGACUGUCAGGAUCAUCUGCAACGGCAGAACUAAAUGAUCCUACUGUUGUAUCGACCCAGCUGCACCAGACACAGCAGCCCGGCCAUACGAGUGGGCAAGCACCGAGCCACGUUCAUCCUCCUCGGCCAGGGAUGCCCGUGGCCAGCGGGACUCGGGAUGAACCCAUUUCUUUCGAAGAUAUUUCAAGUGACUCAGAUACUGAUACUGAUACUGAUGAUGAUGACAUCCCUGCGUCGCUUCCUACGACUCAGGGCUGAAGGACCGCAGGGUGUCGGAGGUUGGCGUUUCUAGUUUUGAAGCUAUUAAGGUGGAGGAUGCUUGGGGCAAUUCUCGGAUCUAAGGAAGCAUGGAGUUUGAGGCCCAGGCGAAAGGAGCUCGGCGGCUGGGAAACAUGCUAACGAUUUUGGACUGAAGUCUGCCGAAUAUAUUUUGGGUCGUCGGAACGAGAACAUUAGGAAGGGAUGAAGGUUGACGUUCACUCGAACAAACAAGGUUCUAGACUCAAUCAUCCGUCGCUAGUUCUAGCUGGGGGUUCAGACUAAUAUAUGUGAAUCAGAACUAUUGAGUCUAGCUCGCCCGCCAUUGGUCCCGUCUUUGCCUUACUAUCGGCAUCCCAGCCUUUCGAGGAACAGUCCACUCGAGUCGAUCAACU